AUGGUGUACACCGGGAACCAGCAUCCUGGUUUCAUUCACUCCGGCAUUACUUCAUCCCAGCCGCAGUGGCAGCUUGAAGGACAUCAAAGGAAGUCGAGUAAUGUCACUCCACCCUCAUCCGAUCAGUAUAGCUUGUCGAGCUUGUCUCAACCCUUCCACGGCUCCAAUGCUACUCCCCAAACUAGCGGGCUACAUUCUAGAGGAUUGGCGUCAAGAUCUUCACAUCCCUCUAUUGCCUCACAGUCAGGUGACGCCUAUAGUGGCAACCCGGCAAAUCCAGCCAACACUUUAGCUGGUCAUCCUCUAUCCCGAUCUCAGUCUCACCAAAACACGGGGUUCCAAUACGAACAGCAAGCUGGUCUUGCAGCCGCAUCUUAUGCACAACCUUCCUCGUACGAUUACGGUCCUCAACUGCCGAAUGCCCAGGGCUCCUUUCAGAGUCCUGAUAUGUUGCGAAUGCAACCUGGCACUCGCUUCAACUCGGGGUUCUUUGCUGCUGGCCCAAGCGUCCAUGGUGACGCUCAGGUUUAUCAAUACCCUAUUUCCCAGGCCGGUGUGCGACAGUACCUCCCUCCACAACACCAGGGUAGCUCACAACAUGAUGGGACCAACCAUCAUGCAGCGAAUUACCAUCCACAACCCGGUCAAUUCACUGCCAAUCAAGGUCAAUGGACCACUCCGACUAGUGCCUCCCGCAUAGCAGCGUCUGAUCCACAAUUUGUGAGCGGCCCCUGGGCAUCCUCGACACCACCAGCCUCCGGGCCACCCCAGCCUCAUCAUGGUUGA